AACAAGCCCAACUUAAGAGUCCCCUAAUUUCCAGGUUUUCACCCCUUUUCUGUUCAAAACCCUAAUAAUCAUCAACCAAAAACCCCUCAACUUUUGUCUCCAUUGAAUUUCUAAUUCGAUAUCUCCUUCUGCUCUGCGGAUUCUGAAGUAUCUUCAACGGCAACCUCCCCUCCAGUUGGUGGAUAUAUAAAUAAUAUAUAUUGCUCAAAUCUUCAGCAAUGGCUGCAAGAAUUCUUGCAAACUUGAUUGUGAUGGGCUCUGGAAUAUUAGGAAGGGCUGUGUUUCAGGCAUAUCGUCAAGCACUUGCAAAUGCCUCAAAAUCUGGUAUCGCUCAAGAAACAGUGCAGAAUAUCAGGAGAGCAAGCAAAAGUAUGGCUGAACCAGAGGCUAGGCAGAUUUUAGGGGUCACAGAGCAUUCAUCAUGGGAGGAAAUCUUGCAGAAAUAUGACAACUUGUUUGAGCAAAAUGCUAAGAAUGGGAGCUUUUACCUUCAGUCAAAGGUUCAUAGAGCUAAAGAAUGUUUGGAAGCAGUUUACCAAAAGAAAGCUCAGGGAACCAUGGAUGCAUGAUUGGUGGAAUUUGUUACAGCCACGCUGAUCACCCAAUUUAGCAAAUCCAAAUUCUUUUUGAUCUCUAUAAGCUCAUAUAAUCAGUAUUCUUUUUCACCUCUUGUGUUAACCCUGUGCUGGUAUGCACAACCUUAGUCUAUACCAGCUGUUGCAUUGCAACAAUUUUCUGUAAUCCCAUUAAUGAAAUGAUAGCAAUAACUUUUAACCAUUAUUCCCGACAUAAACUUUUAUUUACAAUAUAAUAGCAACAUUUAUCGUGAUCA